CUAGAGCUUUGGGGAGCGUGCUGAGCCAAUGGCCUGCCGCAUCACCUGACCGCUAUUUGAAUAUUGAUGCUCCCUCCACCGCCACAUUGGUGCGCCUCCCUGUGUUGUUGUCUGUCUGUGCGAACGAAGCGUCGCCACCGAGAUUUGCGGAAGAUGUCCUCGCUGCUGAAGCCGUUCUCGGUGUGUGAGGGGCCCUGCGAGAGCUGCGGAGCCCGGAGAGGAUGCCCGAGCUCGGCUCCCCGUCAUCAGCCUCCGUUGCAGCGCCUCUCCGCCGCUGCAGCCGCGACUGGGCUGGGCUCUCUGUCGGAGCACCAGCGCUCGUACUCGGCGCGGAGGAACCUGGCUGCCGCGGCGAUCGGAGGGAGGAAAAUCACGCAUCCUGGAAAGGCCAUCCUUGCAGGUGGCAUUGCAGGAGGGAUAGAGAUCUGUAUCACCUUCCCCACAGAAUAUGUGAAGACCCAGCUGCAGCUAGAUGAAAGAGCAAACCCACCUCGGUACAGAGGGAUCGGUGACUGCGUGAAGCUGACGGUGCAGGAUCACGGGCUCAGAGGGCUGUAUAGAGGUCUCAGCUCCCUGCUCUAUGGAUCGAUACCCAAAUCUGCAGUCAGGUUUGGCACGUUUGAGAUGCUCAGCAAUCCCAUGCGAGACGCCACAGGUCGACUAGACAACACGCGAAGCCUCGUAUGUGGUUUAGGAGCCGGGAUAGCAGAGGCCAUUUUAGUCGUCUGCCCCAUGGAGACACUCAAGGUGAAGAUGAUCCACGACCAGUGUUCCCUCCAUCCUCGCUACAGAGGCUUCUUUCACGGAGUCAGUGAGAUUAUUAGAGAACAGGGUGUGAGGGGAACAUAUCAAGGUCUGACAGCGACUGUGCUUAAACAAGGAACCAAUCAGGCCAUUCGAUUUUAUGUGAUGAACGCGCUUCGCAAUUGGUACAAAGGCGACGACCUCAGAAAAGAAAUGCACCCAAUCGUCACAGCGAUGUUUGGCGCGACAGCAGGAGCGGCUAGUGUUUUUGGAAAUACACCUCUCGAUGUUGUAAAGACCAGGAUGCAGGGUUUGGAGGCACACCGCUACAAAAGCACAGUGGACUGUGCCUUCCAGAUCUUGAAGCAUGAAGGACCACAGGCAUUCUACAAAGGAACAGUUCCCAGGCUUGGCCGUGUGUGCCUGGAUGUGGCCAUAGUCUUCGUCAUCUAUGAGGAAGUUGUCAAACUACUCAACGACGUGUGGAAGACCCAGUAGAGCGGCCUGACGGUGACAGAGGUCCAGGGGGGAAGCACAGACCAGUGCCUCAUGCUACGCACAACCGAACACCUCUAUUCUAGUUCAUACUGGCUCUGCAUUGCUCUGAGCAGAUGACUCGUCUCCUUAUCGACCAGUGUCCACACUGUUACAUAAAUUAAAUGAUUUGCAGGACUUACUCCAAACAACGAUAAAAAAAAGAAAGGGAUAGCUGCUAGUUAACCCUUUGAUGCACAACAUGGCUCAAUAGAUACCCAUUUUCCAUUGAAUAUGUGUGAAUUUUGACCCAUUUUGUGCAUCAAAAGGUUGAAGAAAAAAAUGCUCCAUGCACCUGACCAAACUUCAAGGCUCAGUUUCCUGAGCCUCAUUCCCAGAAACAUGACAAUAUUUAGAUAUUCAGCUUAGGAAAGGAGAGAAGGGACAAAUAGAUUGAAAAAGGGAUAAAAUGUUUAAGCUUUCUAUGACUGUUGUUACCGUACACGUUGUAGAGUGAACACUUUGUACCGAAACCAUAAACGUGUCUUUUGAGUCACUAUGUACGUACUAUGGUGAACAAAGAACAGAGGAUGCAAACAAGCUUUUUGCAGUACUUGCAAAUGUCUGUGCAGUACUUCAACACAUCCUAGUGUUGUAAUUGCUUGCCGGGCUGUGCUUUUGGUAUCAUCGCACUAAAACUUCCACAGCAUUUCCUUUGCUGUGUCUCAGUGAUGAACGUUAGAUGCUGUUCAUUGUGCAUUUUACGGCUGCUGCCGACAACAGAGUAUUGCUGCAUGAAUGUUGAUGUGGCAUCCAGCAGUUUCUCGCAGGUUUGCAGAGGCGACACAAACUGGUCUGCAGUAGAUUAACCUGAUAUCCAUAUGUAGCACAAUUUUCACAUACAGUCUUAAUAUAGCGGCAGAUCUGACUCAGUUUAUCUAAUAGAAUUUAGUGAGCUUGUGCUAUGUUGUUAUUCUGGAAAAUUACCAUCAUACAAGUCACAGAGGUAUUCAGUAGGUCGCUGCUCCAUUUGUGCAUAUUUGACCAGUACUGCUAUCUUUAGUCAUUCAGUUUGGCUGACACUUGCCGUUUUGAACAAAGUGUUGGUGUGCAGCCUACAAAAUAAAAGUGAAUUCACUUCUGUCAGAAAAAACAACGUGAAAAGAUGUCCCAGUUUGUAAGCCAUAUUCCUUGAGUUUUCAGUGGUUUUCUUCUGUUUACUAAUUCAGUCAUCAAAUAGACUGUCCUCUAAUAAGAUAUGUCACUUUAUUUUUCUUUGUUUACCUCAAGCUAACCUGCUUCACGAGCUUUUUGUAACUGAUAACACAGAUAACUUGCUCUUCUAAUUCUGUUUAUAUACAGUACUGGAGGUUUUAGGCACUAAAAGCAAGGAUGUUUUUCAGAAUAAUGGCGUGAAUGCAAAUGGUCUGUUGCAGGACUUAAGAAUUGAAACAUACUGAGUGCCUAAAACUUUGCACAGUACUGUCUACUAAAACUAUGACUACAUAAGUCAGAGCCUCAACCACAUGACCGGUGACUAGUUUUGAUAAAAGGCUUUGACCUAGUGCCACCACACAGCCUUCCACAGAAGCCUUUCAGUCCUCUUUGCCAAACUACUUUAGUAGAAUCUCCAAUGUAAUAUCCCUGAUAGCAGGAAAUCUUUAUUAACCACACUUUAAGAGCAACAGAAUAUUGUUUUACCCAACUUAAGCAUAUUUUUACUGACAGAAUCUGUGCGUCCGUGCUUUGCUGCUUUUCAUAAACAUUUCAACAGCAAUGUGUGUGUGCUGUCAGAUUUUUUGUGAUCGCUCACAAUAGGGCUGGCCCGAAUAGUGGUAUCUGGCCUCCGAACAUUCGGGCCCUAUUAAAGACGAAUAUCCGAAUAUUCGCUCGGUUCCAGGGGAGUGGGGGUGGAAGCAGUUGGUGACGGCGCGGUUGGUGGCGGAGAUGGCCCUAAUAUUCAGAUCCGUUCAUCUGGUCUCCCGGGUCCAAAUUUUGCCUUCGUUUUGUCUUCAGUUAAACUGAAUACUGAGGUGAAUAUUCGGAUACCAAAAUUAAUAUCCGGACGAAUGAAUAUUCGGAUAUUCGGGUCCAGUCCUGCAUUACAAAUCCUGUUGGGCAGACUGAAGGUGACUUUUGUGGAAGAAAAAAACAAAAUGAGGAAAUAUUGUUGAAAAACAUCAGUUCUGCAAGUAUGAUUUACAUGAUCAAAUACUAAUAAACUUGUGAUAAUCAAA